AUGCCUUCCAAUAGUUGUGUGACUGACAAUUCAUCCUUUCUUAAAGAAGAGGAUCCUAUAAAGACAGCCAAAGAUAAAGUAAACAAUGAAAGACAUCUCAAGGAUGCGUUAACAGGUGAUGAUGCUCACGCCAACAUCGAUGAGCAAGAGGUAAAAGGUUGGCAGCCAGAAGGAUCCAAAUUAAACAACAAGACUGAAUCAUACGACUUGCAUACCGGUUCAGCAAAUAAUGUCAGCGAGGACAAGUAUAUCUCCAUGGAAUUUACUCCCUCUUUGGCCUCAACCAAAUCUUGGCACAAAGGAGUACAGCCUCUCACAUCAUCAUUUUUGAAGCCAAAUGCUUCGUUCAUCGGGUCUCAGCAGUCAGGAAGAUCUACGUAUGAAGUAAAAGUUGAUUUGAAACAGGUCGAUCUCAAAAAGUCCACAUUGACUGGAUUUCUCACAAUUAAAGGUCUUACAGAGUCGCAUCCCGAAAUUAUUACCCUUUUCCAAGGAGAAAUUGUUGGCCCCAAAUUCUCCUUCUUCACUAAUAAAGAUAGCUGGGGUUCUGAUUCCCGUACUGAUAUCCAGCACUGGUCUCGGUUCCCCAGUUUUCGAAGUCUAAAUUUCAACUCUGGGAAUGACGUACUCAACAGUCACAUCUAUGAUAACUACCUAAACAACGAGUUCAUCUACAUGAGAUGGAAGGAAAUGUUUUUGAUUCCAGAUGCCAAAGUUAGAGAUAUAAAGGGGGCAUCGUUUGCUGGAUUUUACUACGUAUGUUUCAGCCAACUAACUGGAUCAAUUAGCGGGCUAUAUUUCCACAAGUACUCUGAAAAGUUCCAGCAGCUAGAAUUGUGCCAUGCUCCAGACGGCGGGUGUAGCUCCUACUUCAAGCUAGCUUAG